UAGACGUAUAAACCUCAUAGAAACCUGCGCUAUAACACGAGAACGUCUGCAUGGGAUACGAACGAAACCAGAAGCGUUUAGCGACUAUACAUCCAUGAACCCGUUACGUUAACCCAACACCAGCAUCCCGCGUUCGUGCGUGCGCGCGUGCGCGUGUGCGUGUAUAUAUGACGCCUAUAGGGGACGACCGCGCUAUCAUGGACAACGACCUUGACCCUGACGAAUGCUCUUCGACGUCAGAACUGCAUUUCCUUAGCGACGACGACGACUUCUCAAACUCGGACGACAUGGAGAGCGACCGCGUCUGGGACAAGGACGAUCGCGACAUGGUGACGGCCGCCGACUCGACGACGAGCAACGAGGUCGGCGACGACGACAAGCAGCGACGCUCGCACAAGCGCAAGCUCGCCUACGACGGUGGCGCCCCCGUCGUGAAGACGCGCCGGAAUUUCACGAACACGCGCGAACGAUGGCGUCAGCAGAACGUGAACACGGCUUUCGCGGAUCUGCGGAAACUGGUGCCGACAUACCCGCACGACAAGAAGCUAAGUAAGAACGAGAUACUGCGCCUCGCAAUCCGCUACAUUAAUCUUCUCAAUCAGGUGCUAAAGUAUCAGGAACAACAGCAGCAGCAGCAACAGCAACAACAACAGAAACAACAGCAGCAGGAGCAGGAGCAGCAGCCGCACGCAUUUUGCUUCCUGCGCGUAAAAAACGAGAAGUUUGACACUGACGCGCCGGUGACGUCACCCGGAUGCUCACCAAUGUCUAACUACUGUACGUCACCAACUGCUAAUAACCAGUGACCGCGUGACGUCAUCACUAGCGAAAGACGCGUGACCGCGUGACGUCACCACUAGCGAAAGACGCGUGACCGCGUGACGUCAUUAAUGCUAAGUAAUGACUGACUACGUGACCUCAAUGCUUUUGGCCAACAACAACCAAGACGGAUGUAUAAAUUGUCUAAUAUUUAGUCAAAACCAUCACUUAAACAUUUAAACACCUUUGUUUUAAUUGACGUGCGCAUUAUUAAUAUAUAC